GCAUCCUACAUAUCGAGACCAGGCAGCACCGUCAUGCAAGCCUGCUCUGACUAGUCACUAACUAGUGGAGACGCGCAACAUAUAUCAAAAAUAGUCGUCCUUACAGCCAAUAGUGAUGCACCGGGCUAUGAGUCAAUUUUCUGGCAGCUGAAAAUGGAGGGAAAAUGCCAAAUUGGGUGGCGCUCUGCUGGACUAUAAAGCAUAUGCAUCGCCAAGCAUCACAUAGCAUCCUUAUGGACAAUUUUGCGGCUGUCUCAUAUCUCUGGCUCUACCAACCUACACUAAAAUGGCACACAUCGACCAUGACAACCUUCCCUCGUACGAAUCUACAAGGGAGCAAAGCCUACCUACAUACGAGCCAUUGCAAAGGAACAUAGCUUUCCCGGCACAAUUCUUCAUAUAUCAGAAAACCGGCCUUGUACGGCCCUUCACGGCAUUUAUUGGCACGGAGGAGUCGUCACCGCUGUAUCACAUAGACCUAGGAACCGUGAUGCUAGACCCAGGUCAACCCAAUGUGGUCCUACACGCGGAUGCCAGCCAAGACAGCCCUAUCGUUGCGUCUGUCAAGGCAGCGCCGGAUGGGGACAGAUACCAAAUACAGACAGGAAGUUCUUAUCCACCUAACCCCGAGGGACUAAAGGUGAGCUCUCGAAGGGGCUCGCGAAAGUACACCUUCUCGGUCGAGAAUGAGGCAGGAGAGAAUGCGAAAGGACAAGAACGGCAGGUAUUUGAAUGGCGUCCAAGCCGUGGCAAGCAAGUCCGCAGCUUGGGGCUGAGGGACUAUGGUUGGAAACUCGUUCGUCUCAGCGGUAGCAACAGCGAUGCCUCGAGUACCAGUAGCGCAGAAAAAGCUGAUAAAGUGGUUGCUGCCUGGUCCAAAUAUAGUGAGUCAGGGAGCAAGAAAAUAUUUGGAUUCCGUUUCUUUGAAGAGAGCACGUCAGAAGACCAGAGAAAAGGCUGGGAGAUAAUGGCCGUCAUGACAGGCUUGGCAAUUUGGCACGUCGAUAUCAUGGAAGGAUACAUGUACUGAUAGAUUCGCGAUACGGUAGAGCACUGCGCACGCAUAAAAAGAUUAUGUUU